AUGCAGGGCCGAAUCACUAAGGUCCUCAACAUGAAGCCAGUCGAAAUCCUCGCUAUGAUUGAGGAAGCAGCAGGAACCAGGAUGUUCGAGGAUAGGAGAGACAAAGCGUUAAAGACAAUGGCCAAGAAAGAAAUGAAACUCCAAGAAAUUACAGGUCUGUUGACAGAAGAAAUCGAGCCGAAGCUCGAGAAGUUACGGACAGAGAAGCGCGCAUUUCUAGACUUCCAGCAAACUCAGAACGAUCUAGAGCGCCUGACGAGAGUGGUUGUGGCACAUGACUAUGUACGGUAUCAAGAGAAGCUCGAACAGUCUGCGGCAGAUCUCGAGGGCAAGAAGCAGCGACAAAAUAACCUCGAGGAGUCUGCGUUGCGGCUGAAGAGUGAAAUCUCCCAUCUUGAAGAAGAUGUCAAACGAGUGCGCGCACAACGCGACAAAGAACUCAAGAAGGGAGGGAAAGCACAAGCUCUGGAGGAUGCUGUCAAGAAGCAUUCCAAUGAGAUUGUUAGACUUGCGACGGUCAUGGACUUGAAGAACUCCAGUAUGGCUGAGGAAAAGGAGAAGAAGACAGCCGUUGAAAAGACUGUGUCCGAAUUGGAAGCGACAUUACAAAGCAAAACACAGGCAUACGAAGAGAUUAAAUCCAAGUUUGACGCUGUCAAGGAUGACCUAGAGAAGCAAAGUCAAGACGCCGAAUCCAAAGAGGAGCUGUUGCAAACUCUACAGACUGGUGUUGCAUCCAAGGAUGGCCAAGAAAGUGGUUACCAAGGCCAACUUCAAGACGCCAGGAACCGCGCAACCGCCGCCGUCACCGAACAAGAACAAGCGAAAAUGAAGAUUGCUCAUCUCGAGAAGCGCAUCAAGGAGGAGGAGCCGCGGGCAAGAAAGGCAAAAGAGCAGAAUGCUGGCCUCCUCCAGGAUCUUGAGGGUCUCAAGUCUCAAGCACAGAGGCUUGAAAAGGAACUGGGCAAACUGGGUUUCCAACCCGGCCAAGAGGAAGAGCUCUACAAGCAGCAAUCUUCUCUUCAGCAACAAAUUCGGGGUCUCCGCCAGGAAGCCGAUGGCUUGAGGCGUAAGGUCGCGAACAUUGACUUUAACUAUGCUGACCCUGUACCCAACUUUGACAGGUCUAAGGUCAAGGGUCUGGUUGCUCAGCUCUUUACCCUCGACAAGCAAAACACCCAAGCCGGUACAGCGCUUGAGAUUUGCGCUGGUGGCCGCCUCUACAACGUUGUGGUCGAUACCGAAGUCACUGGUACUCAGCUGCUCCAGGGAGGAAAGCUUCGCAAGCGCGUUACCAUCAUUCCUCUCAACAAGAUUGCUGCUUUCAAGGCCUCUGCUCAAGCCAUUGCCACAGCGCAAAGAAUUGCACCAGGCAAGGUCGAUUUGGCCCUGUCGCUCGUCGGUUACGACGAGGAGGUAUCUGCUGCCAUGGAGUACGUCUUUGGUAACACACUCAUUUGUGCCGAUGCAGACACAGCCAAGAAGGUUACUUUCGACCCCAAUGUCAGAAUGAGGAGUAUCACUCUCGAGGGAGAUGCGUAUGACCCGUCUGGUACACUCUCUGGAGGUAGCUCUCCCAACUCAAGCGGCGUACUCGUAACUCUGCAGAAAUUAAAUGACAUCACUCGUCAGUUGAAGGAGGCUGAGGGUUCGUUGCAUCAACUCCAGCUCACUAUUGCAAGCGAGAAGUCCAAACUCGACCAUGCUCGCAAGAUUAAGCAGGAGCUUGACCUCAAGAGUCACGAGAUCAAGCUUGCCGAGGAGCAGAUCAGCGGCAACUCUUCCUCUUCCAUCAUUCAGGAGGUGGAGAACAUGAAGGAGACUAUCGCUCAACUUAAAACCGACACUGCAGAGGCCAAGAAGAAGCACGCUGAAGCCACAGCAGACGUGAAGCGCAUUGAGAAGGACAUGAAGGACUUCGACAAUAACAAGGAUGCAAAGCUUGUUGAGCUCCAGAAAUCCUUAGACAAGCUGCGAGCUAGCUUGACAAAGAAUACUGCGUCGGUCAAGGCGCUGCAAAAAGAGGUGCAAGCCGCCCAGCUUGACUCUGAACAAGUCGCAGGUGACUUGUCUGCAGCCCGCGAGCAGCUGCAAGAAGUAGAGGUAGCUAUCAAAGCUCAGCAGCAAGAUGUCGAGGACCUCGUCAAGCAACAGGCCAGCCUGCAAGAGACACUCGAUGGUGUGCAGGCUGAGUUGGAUGACGAGCGUGCGAAGCUUCACGGCUUCGAUGAUGAGCUGCACGCUCUUGAAGAUGCAAUCCGGUCCAAGAACGCUCGUAUUGCUGAGGAGAGUCUCGAAAAGCAGAAACUCGGCCACCAAGUUGACAAGUUCCACAAAGAGCAGGAAUCCGCCGUGCAGAGAGUGGCGUCGAUGGAAAAGGAGCAUGACUGGAUUGCCGAUGAGAAAGACAACUUCGGCCGUACAGGAACACCUUACGACUUCAAGGGCCAGAACAUUGCCGAGUGCAAAGCGACUCUGCGCAACUUGACGGACCGCUUCCAGGGCAUGAAGAAGAAGAUCAACCCCAAGGUCAUGAACAUGAUUGAGAGUGUUGAGAAGAAGGAAGUUUCGCUCAAGCACAUGAUGAAGACGGUCAUCCGCGACAAGCGCAAGAUCGAGGAGACCAUCAUCAGUCUUGACGACUACAAGAAGAAGGCCCUGGAGGAGACGUGGCUGAAGGUCAAUGGCGACUUUGGCCAGAUCUUCAAUGAAUUGCUGCCUGGCAGCUUCGCCAAGCUGGAUCCCCCCGAAGGCAAGACCAUUAGUGAUGGCCUCGAGGUCAAGGUUUCGCUUGGAAAGGUGUGGAAGCAGAGCUUGACUGAGCUUUCUGGUGGACAAAGAUCCCUCAUCGCUCUCUCCCUUAUCAUGGCCCUCUUACAAUUUAAGCCUGCGCCAAUGUACAUUCUGGACGAGGUUGACGCCGCCUUAGAUCUGUCGCAUACCCAGAACAUCGGCCGGCUGAUCAAGACAAGAUUCAAGGGCUCGCAGUUCAUCGUCGUCUCCCUCAAGGACGGCAUGUUCCAGAACGCCAACCGAAUCUUCCGGACUCGCUUCAGCGAGGGAACCAGUAUGGUUCAGGCGCUGACACCCGCUGAUCUCAAAUAA